AUGGAAUUUGCUGGAAUGGUUGCAUUUAGUGAAGAUUAUGAGCCUAAUGCUGAGUUAUUUGAGGAAGAAGGUGCAGAGGAACAUGUAUCAGGUGCUCCCAGUGGUCAAUUGGUUCUGAGUGCAAUUGCUGUGCCUUUUAUUCCAUUGAAUGUGAAGAACCCACCAUCAUUCUUAUUGGAAGAAAUUCAUAGGUGAAUUCAGAGCAAAGAAAUUCUUGAGAAUAAAAUGUCUAGGAGGAAAUUUGUUUGGCCCAAAACAAUGGGAGUUUAUUCAAAAGAUAUGACUUUUAAGAAUCUUUUUGUGCGGAGAAAACGUCAUUACAAAUAACAUUUUUUAUCUAUUAUUUUUUUAAAAUAUUAG